GCAGUACGCGACCCAGCCUUUUGGGUCUACGGGCAUGCCGUGCUCUUCGCCGUGCACGGCUGCUUGUACGAAUUCCAGAAUUUCCUGGAGUCGUGCCCCUGCCACGCAGAGGACUUCCGCAUGAAGGACGGGUUCGCCCCAGGCCGCCCCUACUUCAAGAGGCGGGUGGCCUUCGUCGGGGAGACAGGUGUGAAGUUCUCCACUUGCCCUAUGCGGGGGCGGCGGGCCCCUGAUCUCGCCGCCGGCCAGCACAAUACGUACUUGCGCGACCUGGUGGACCAAUCCUUGGGCCUGCUCCUGGUCCGCUGCCACGGGUUGCGGGAGCAGGACCGCGACUUCAUCGUGCGGGGCUGGGAGUGCGCGCGCACAGCUCUCAUGGAGGUCAUCCAGAGCAAGUAUAGUCAUUGGGCUUUCCUGCCUCACCGCUUCUGCGUCUUGGGGGCCAUUGAUGCGGGCGGGGCCUCGGAAGACACGGCGCGCUCUGGUUUGCUGGCUUGCCUCCAGGAGUACGAGGCCCUCGACGAGUCCACGCGCAGUGGCUUGUGGCCUCUGGCCGCGCGCACGCUGGACCCCUCGUCCCCGUUGCGGGGCGAGGUUGUGGCCUUCACAGAGCACGGUGCCCCUCUGAGCAGCCUCCCUGGCCUCAGGCAGGUCGCUGGGAUGGUCCUCGGCGUACCCGUUGCAGAGCGGUCCAUCGAGGCCAAGCACCGCCUCAACAAGCUUUCCUCGUCGCGUUCGCCGCACGCGGGGGGCGCUUUUGUGAACGUGCACCUGAAGUUGCCUGACUUCCGCAGACGGAUGAAGGCCGAUCCAGGCCUCCUUCAGCGGACGGCCGACGACCUGGGCCGCAUCAGGUGUUCAACGGAGCGUUUGUUGGAGGCCUUCGGACUGCACGCGCACCCCGCUGUCUUUGCGGAGUUCACGAAGCAUGGGCGCGUCCGCGCCAGCACGGCCACCAACGUGAUCUACCGUCUUGACCCAGCGACCCAGCAGAAGCAGCACACAGCCUUGAAGGGUGCUUUCCCGAAGGAGAAGCGACCAAGCGAGGGGCCUCGGCCAGACCAGUCCACGCACCACGGGCUUAGGUUCCUUUCAGCGGCAGCACUUCAGCACUUCAGGAAGACGUGCAGGCGAGACGCUUUCUACUCGAUUGCCCUCCCGCGCGGCGCGUUCCCUGACAUGGGCGCGGCGUUCUCUGGGUCACGGCGGCUUGACGCGCCUGCGGUGCUGACUCUCACAGACGAGGAAUACACGCCACCUUUGAUGUUGCCCGCGGGUGCUGCUGCCCACGCGGGUGGUCCUGAAGGCGGUUUGGAUUUGGCAGCGCCUGGUGGUGUCCCACCUGCGAUGGAGCCACACGAGCACACACUCCUCAAGGUGGUGCACAAGACGCCAGCGAGUCGGAAGAUCAUCAAACCGCACAGCUCCAACCUCACACACGAUGACGUGGCCGUGUCCCUGCACGACGUUUUCGGGUACGACCGACUAGACGGGUCCACCGAGCUCCUGGUGGCUUUGACAGGGGUGCGGGCUGGCGAGGCCGCCGUGGCCGAUGACCACGACUUCGACGCAGCAAUAGACGUCGGCUCCACGUCGCUGCUCCACAGGCGCCAUCUGGAGGCGCUCCCGCGUCUGCACCUGGACUUCCUCCAGUGGCAGGCAGAGGGCGGCGUGUUCUACCAGCCGCGGGCGUGGCCCGCCAGCGUGCCCAGGGACCUCUACGGGAAUGCGUCCGAGGCGAUGACUGACAUGGUGGUGGCGGGGGCUCUCCCUGGCGCAGAGACAUCUCUGCUCGCGCCGCCCUCCCGCGCCCUGGAGGCCCUGGAGGAGGCUGGCCUCGUGGACAGGCAGGCGGGGGACCUUGGCGACCAGCUCGACCGUUGGAACAUCAGCCCCGCUGGCAUGCGGGACCUGGCCGCCUUCGAGAAGCUCGUGAAGCCAGCCCCAGCGCUGACGGCCAGGCCUGGUGUCCUGGACAAGGACAAGACCUUGUUCGAGCUGCUCCUGGACGCGUCCAGCGAGGGGUUCGCGGGCCAGCUUCUGCCACGACCGCCCCCCGCUCCGUACGACCCCAAGGGCGGCGCCAAGGUGUGGUUCUACCAGGCCUCCAAGAAGAAGAUCUGCCCCGCGUACAUUCGGGCUCUCCUGCAGGGUAAAUCGGUCGUGGCCCACGGGCUCGCCGACAGGGACUACGCCCUCAUCGCGGGCGCCGUCCGUCCAGCUCAGAAGCGGGUGGCUCUCCAGGACGACACUUGGGGAGUGCCGCAGAAGAAGGCAGCGAUGACG